CAUUUAUCUUUACGCGUUUUCCUCUCCACGUUACCCAGAUCUCUCCUAACAAAUAACUCUCUCACUCAUCCUGUCGCGUUUUCUUCCAAUCUUCUUCCUCUCUGCAUCCAUCUCUAAUCGAAUGUCCUUGCAGUUGAAAUCACACAAAGCCUUUCCAAAUUCGGUGUAAGAAUUAGGGUUUCCACGAUGCCUUCGCUUCCCUUUGGACUCCUUCUACGCCAUUUCGUUCCUUCCUUCCUCAUGUUCCACGCUGGAUCCUCCGCUAGUCGUCUCAAGCAUCUUGAAAAAAGUGAUCGGCGUUGUAGUCUUAGUUAACAACAACUUUUCUUCCUUCUCUUUCUCUCUUCUCUGUUCCUGCCUUUCUCAGUUUUUUCUUCGUCGAUCUUUUGUUCACGAAAUUCGGGAUCCAGACGUUUUUGACCGUUGUUUCUGUUACUGUUGUAUUGACUUCGAAGACCAUAAAAUUUUGCAGCUGUAAUCGCCGUCCAUUAGAGCCUAAUACAAUUAAUGGGCACGCCUGCUGUUGUUAGUAAUAUACCAGGCUACAUCAUAAGUAAGCUUGAAGGUACCUUUAUUGAGUCACUGCAUAUACAAGAUGCUUUAAAGUUGGAACAAGCAUAUGAGGUGGAUCGUUUUGAUAAUUUUUACCUGGAGGAGGAGAAUUCAAGUGGUGGUUUUGAAACGCAAGAAACCAAAUUAGAGAUUAAGUGCUUGAAAGAUUGUUCAACGUUUUCUUAUCCUGAUAUGUGUCUUCCUUCAAGCUGUUCUGAUGAGGAGACAGAUAAAUCACUCUCUAAGCAAUCUCGUCAAAACUACUGCUCAGCUCCUGCAAAACUUGUAUCUGCCAUGAAGGGUAGCCGUGAAAAAGAAAGGGGAUCUCAAAUUAAAUUGACUGUGAAAUGGGCCCCUGAUGUGUAUGAUCCGGUACCGACAUUGUCAUCACAUACUGUUAAACACAAGAAACAUCAGAAACCCAGGAUGAGGAAGAGUGAAAAGAAAAAUGGAAAGAAGAGCCAGAAGGUAAGUUACUCUAGAAGAAGCAGCAGCAGCAGCAAAGAUAAACAGUAUCGAAACAGGUGGCUGCAUUCUGGUGAAGAAGUGUUUGAAGCUUCCACUGAUCUUAAAGUAGUUAAGCAUGAUUCCUACUGUGCAACUAGCUACUUAAAAGCAAUUACAGAGGUUCACUGGCCUAUUGGAGAAGCGCUGUAACUCGAUCGAUCGUAUCAUGUAUCGAGACUGCUGCAUAAAAAGAUAAUUUUCUGUUUUGUUGUAUGAUGAAUAGAUUGACCAAGACCGUUGGAAGCAGAAUAAUGAACGAUACAUAUCCUUUUUUGUUAACUAAUUAGGCUUUUAGGUAACAUGGCUGGAAGGAUAUUUACACGGCAGGUAUUUACAUGACUAUAGCUUCUGC